AUGGCUUCUUCUAGUGGAUUAACUUUACAAUCAAGCUUUGUCUCAGCGAGAGCAAGACUCGAUUCCGUCUCCAGGCCCAGAAAAUCUCAGUUCUCUUGUCCUUCUCUUUCAAGACCUAGAAACUCGAGUCUCUCUGUUUGUUGUUCCAUGGGUUCCUCUGCUUCUUCUCAGAAACCAGACAACCUGCAAGAAGCUGAGAAGAGUGGCUUUACUUCUCUAAGCGAAGACGAAUGGAAGAAACGGCUCACACCAGAACAAUAUUACGUCACCAGACAAAAGGGAACAGAGAGAGCUUUCACUGGAGUGUAUUGUAACACAAAGACCCCAGGAGUAUACAAUUGUGUAUGUUGUGACACACCUCUCUUUGACUCAUCGACGAAGUUUGAUAGUGGAACAGGGUGGCCAUCUUAUUACAAAACAAUUGGAAACAAUGUGAAGACGAAGCUUGACCUAUCUAUCAUCUUCAUGCCUAGACAAGAAGUUGUCUGCGCUGUUUGUAACGCCCAUCUUGGUCAUGUCUUUGAUGACGGUCCACGCCCAACCGGAAAACGAUUUUGCAUCAACAGUGCUGCUCUGAAAUUUGAGGCAUCGGAGAGAGCAAGAGACUGA